AUGUCUCGUCGUCGCCGCCUCCAGCAGCAGCAGCAGCAGCAGCAGCAGCGCCUCGCAACCUGGGUCACCCUCCUCCUGUUGGGUGCCGGGCUCCUGGGCGCUCCGAGCCGGGCACAGGAGCAGGGCAGCCAGCGCCAGCCAGCCGGGAGGGCACAGAGAAGGGAGCCGAGGGUGAGGGGAGCCGGGCCCAGGCAGAGCCACCUGUACAUGAUCGAGCUGUACCGGGCAGUGAGCGGGAGGGGAGGCGCUCAGAUGUCAGCCCCGGAGCACACCGCCCUCCUCCAGGCGGGACAAGUGGUCAGCCUCCUGGCCAGAGGUUGGAAUCACAGUGGAGGGACCUGGACGUUUGAUUUCGACAUGACCUCCAUUGCCGACCGUGCCUCUGUGCAGUUUGCCGAGCUCAGAAUUCGGCUGCCUCCAUUCUCCUCCUGUCACAACACCACAGUUCUCAUCAACCACAGCCACAGCUACAAGUGCAACAGCAACAGGAUGUGCCAUGAUCGCUUGCCUCUUGGCUCCUUCGCUGCGAACCCUUCAGCCAUCAGCUCAAACUGGAAGGUAUUCAACAUCACCAGCCUCCUGAGCAGCUGGCUGAGCCAGGAGUCCCCUCCGCAUGAGGCACCUGGGAGACAGGGUCUUCAGCAGCCUCCCUCCGAAGAUUGCCAGGGAAACAAGGAGCACCACCAGCGCCUGUGGGAGAAGUUUGCCAAGCUGGCAGCGAUGGGCAGCCAGAGCAAGCCCCCUCACAGGAGCGCAGAGCAGAUCAUGAUGGUGGUGUUCUUCGAGAGGAACAGAACGGAGGCAGGGGGGGUCUCCUCCACACUCCUGAGGACUGUGCAACACUCCAAGUUCCAAGCAGCAGCCAAGGACAGCGAGGAUGGCAACAGCAGGAGGCAGAAAAGAAACAGGAAGGAAAGACUGAACAUGGGAAACAGCACAUCAGUGCGAGACCAGUCCCUGUGUCGACGGAUGGACAUGGAAGUGAACUUUGACCAGAUCGGCUGGGGAGGAUGGGUCAUAUACCCCAAAACCUUCAAUGCCUACAGAUGUGGGGGAGAAUGUCCCUCACCCUUGGACGAGACUUUCAUGCCAACCAACCAUGCGUACAUGCAGAGUUUGCUGAAAUCCUUUCAGCCAGAACGUGUGCCCUGUACGUCCUGUGUGCCGGUCAAGAUGAGCUCUUUGUCCAUGUUAUACUACAAGGAAUGGGAGGUGGUGCUGAGCCAUCACAAGGACAUGAUCGUGGAGGAGUGUGGGUGUCACUGA